GCUGCUGGCUCUCUCUCUCCGCUCUUGGCUUGGCAGUAGCAGGAGUGCGCAGGCGGGGCUUGCAGCUCUGCUAGCGCGUAGUAACGGAGCGGGGCUUACGAGAGUCGUCAUUCAAGACCUGUUAGAAGCUACAAGAAAAAAAUGGGGAGGGUUUUCCUCACAGGAGAAAAAGCCAACACAGUAUUAAAACGCUACCCAAGAGCCAAUGGGCUUUUUGAAGAAAUAAGACAGGGCAACAUUGAGCGUGAGUGCAGAGAAGAAGUCUGCACAUUUGAAGAAGCCAGAGAGGCUUUUGAAAAUCAUGAAAAAACUAAGGAGUUUUGGAGCACAUACACAAAAGCACAACAAGGAGAAACCAACAGAGGAAGUGACUGGUUUCAGUUUUAUCUUACUUUUCCAUUAAUCUUUGGCCUCUUCAUUAUUCUCCUUGUCAUCUUCCUAAUCUGGAGAUGCUUUCUAAGAAACAAAACUCGGAGACAGACAGUGACUGAAAGCCACAUUCCUUUCCCUCAGCAUCUUAACAUCAUUACUCCACCUCCUCCACCAGAUGAAGUCUUUGAUAGCAGUGGAUUGUCUCCAGGAUUUUUGGAAUAUGUUGUUGGGCGAUCAGAUUCGGUUUCCACUCGCCUUUCCAACUGUGACCCCCCACCAACCUACGAGGAAGCCACUGGCCAGGUGAACCUGAGAAGGAGUGAAACAGAAUCUCAUUUGGACCCACCACCAGAAUAUGAAGACAUAGUCAACUCCAGUUCAGCUAGUGCCAUUGCUAUGGUGCCUGUGGUCACCACCAUCAAAUGAAGCUGCAAAACUUUUUUUACUUUAAUCAUUUCUAAAAUACUAAUGGAAAAACUUUCUAGCACUUUACUACUACAUAAAUGUGCAUUGACAUAUUUUAUUAGACUUUUAGAGCAUACCACUUCAUAUUUACUGCUUUGAUUUAUCUUAAUUUUAUUACUUAUUACAAAAUCAUUAUCUGUGGUUUUUUUUUUUACAAAGGGAAACAUGAAAGAAAGACAUGUCGGUGGCAGUCUUUAUGUACUGUAAAGAAUGCACAUGUAUAUAUAUAGCCACAUGUGUACCAUCCAAUUUGUGUACAACUAACUUCUACCACACCACCCAUAAAGACAGCAUUACUCACCAAAAUUGAAAAGGCAGGGGUCACAGACAGUAUAUGUGAUUGACAACAACAUGCAUGUUUCUUAAUUAAAGACAUUGGUCAACUUCCUAUUUCUUCUUUCAUGAAUGGAACAAAUAUGCAUGGAUUCAUCCUCAAUAUUAGAAACAUCUCAACAGAGAGAGACAAGAGACAGAGCAUGUAGCAUUUAUUAUAUGUGCUUGAAAUCAUUGAUCAUUAGUGGCAUUUAGCUCAUUUUGUACUGGGGUUUUUCUUCUUGGCUGAUUACCAAACACUGUCCCAUUAAAAUUUUCUUAGCAUCUUUGAAUGUUUCAUCCCACUCGUAUUAAUAUCUUGCUUGCAAGUAUUUCUAGGUAAUGAAGUAAUGUUUGUGUUAAUGACAGGGAGUAGAUACUGACUACUCCAUUGCUUAUUGUGUGAUUGGCAAUAAUUUUUUAUACUAAUUUUUAUUCUCAUCGCUACUGCAGACUCUCCAUAUACCCAAGAAUUAAGCCAAAAUCAAUUUUGAAUCGUUUUCUUAAUGUUUUGCACAGGUUAAAAGUCUUACUCUCAAAAUUAUUAGUACACAAUUUUUCAUUUAGUUAUAAACUGUGACUUUUGUGUUAAUGU